AAAAUCUGAAAACAAAAACAAUCAAAAUGCAUAACAUUGAAGAUAUAAUAGUGGAAAAAAAUUACAGCAAGUGUCCCUUGAAAAAACGACCAGUUCAUUAUUCAUUCGAUGAUGAAGAGGAUACCACCACCAGCUCACCCAUGGAUAACCCCAAGAAAAUCAUUAAAUUGGAUACAGAUUGUACAGAUGAACCGGAGAAUUUAAGUUUGAAAAAGGAUACCGGCAGCAGCAGCAAACAGACCGCCGAAGAUGAGGAGGAUGAAAUGAUCAAUGUCAGCGAUUGUUGUGAGGAUGAAGGUGUCGAUGUUGAUCACACCGAUGAUGACAGUAUGUGCGAUGGUGAGGAGGAUGAUGAAAUGAUUGACUGUGUUGAAAUUGAGGAUAAUCAUGGCACGGAUGCAAAUACCACACAGGCAGCAGCUUUGGCGGCUGCAGCAGCUGUGGCAGCCGCUUCAGCAGCAGCUGCCUCCGUGGUUGUACCAACUCCCACAUAUCCCAAAUAUGGCAUACAGCCAUGGAAUUUCCACAUGUCUCCAUAUACCGCCGAGUUCUAUCGCACCAUUAACAAUCCCCACUUGGCUCAACAAAUUUCGCCUCUGCGAGGAGAAUUACUUUCGCCAAGUUCGCCAUCAGAUUCUAUUGGUUCGCUGUCACCUCCACCACCACAUCAUUAUUUGUCGGGACGUUCCAGCUCUGUGUCACCACCCAUGCGCACCGAUGUCAUACACCGACCAAUUGGUGUCCGACAAAUGCCCACCUCUCCUGCUUCCCAUCAUCAUGGUCAACAUCGUUUUAUGCCCUACCCCCUGCCAGCAUAUCAUGGUCACCAUCAAACACCAGCCUCCUAUGCAUUGGGUUAUGCUCCCCAUCAUGCACCCAUUUCACCAGCCUACUCUGAAUCCUCCUACUAUUCCAUGAGAUCGCUGACACCCGAAUCUCUAGCAUCACCCGUGCCUGAGGAUCUAUCCAUUAAACCUGCUCAACAAAAUAGUGUCAAAACCUCACCUCUAAAAUCAUCAAUCUACAUCAAAAGCGAAGUGGCCAUUGAUAGCUCCUCGAAUGCUUCAUCCUGCAAGACAUCUUCAAGUGCCACCAACAACCCACCUUCAGCCACCUCAACACCAGUGAAAAAAGAAAAGAGUGGUCCACCACGCUACCAGUGCCCAGAUUGUCAAAAAUCUUACUCCACAUUCUCGGGCUUGACCAAACAUCAACAAUUCCAUUGUCCCGCCGCUGAGGGUAACCAGGUUAAGAAAUCGUUCAGCUGCAAGGAUUGUGACAAAACCUACGUCUCCCUGGGUGCAUUGAAAAUGCACAUUCGCACUCACACCCUGCCCUGUAAAUGCAACAUCUGCGGUAAGGCUUUCUCGCGACCAUGGUUGCUGCAGGGUCACAUUCGCACACACACCGGUGAGAAACCCUUCAGCUGCCAGCAUUGUCAUCGUGCCUUUGCUGAUCGUUCCAACCUGAGAGCCCAUCUACAAACACAUUCCGACAUCAAGAAAUAUUCCUGCAGCAACUGUUCGAAAACCUUCUCCCGCAUGUCGUUGCUAACCAAACACUCUGAAGGUGGUUGCCAAGGAUCCUCGUCGUCCAGCAAUACCAGCGGCAGCCAAUCUAGCAGCAAUGAUCUCGUUGCCUAUCCAACCUAUGGUGAUCAUUAA